GCCCGCCCUCCCGCUGUCCGAGUUCUAAGUGGAUUCAGUCGCUCCAAUGGCGGUUAUGUUUUGUGAGAAAGCGACGGAGCUGGUGCGAGAGCUGUACCGCGCGAGCGAUGGGCAGCUUCCUGCCUUCAACGAAGAUGGAAUCAGACAAGUACUUGAAGAGAUGAAAGCAUUGUAUGAGCAGAACCAAAUUGAUGUAAAUGAAGCCAAGUCAGGUCACAGUGAGUUGAUUACAACAAUCAAAUUUCGUCAUUGCUCUCUGCUGAGAAACCGAAGAUGUGUUGUUGCAUACUUGUAUGACCGCUUACUUCGCCUCCGGGCACUUAGGUGGGAAUAUGGUAGUGUCUUGCCAAAUGCUGUCCGAUUUCACAUGUCAGCGGAUGAAGUGCUUUGGUUUAAUCAAUAUAAAAAGUCAUUGGCUACCUAUAUGAGAUCAAUAGGAGGAGGAAAUGGCCUUGAUCUUACACAAGAUAUUAAACCUCCCAAAAACUUAUACAUUGAAGUUCGGUGUUUGAAAGAUUAUGGAGAAUUUGAAAUUGAUGACGGCACAACAAUUCUGUUGAAGAAGAAUAGCCAGCAUUUCUUACCACGCUGGAAAUGUGAACAAUUAAUCAGGCAAGGAAUUCUGGAGCACAUCCUAUCAUAAGCUGCAUUUACAAGACUGCUAAAAUGCAUACAAAUAUUUUUGAAGAUUUCAAAAUAGGGUCAAAAAGCAUUUUUUUAUCCUUUGAUAAUCUUUUUUUUUAAAUAACUUUAAUGUUUAAAAAUAAGUUUAAAAUUAUUAUUAGAAUAAUUUUAUUAUUACACAAAUAAUAUUUUGUGAAGAGGAAAAAUGUGAUAUGUACAAGACCUUUCUCCAAAAACAAGUAGAAAACAAGUUUUUAUUCAUUGCCUCAAUUGUUACCUCUAUAUUUGGAUAUCUUUUGAGAUUAAAGUUACUUUUGUUUUGGUCCUCUCUGGCCUUUUUGUAUAAAAAUAAUAAUAAUGGACCAAAUGGCCUAGCUCAUUCAUUUGCAAUUACUGUAUAUUGCUUUGUGCUAUUUGAAAUCAUGUUGUAAUCCUUUGUAAAUAUUUAAAUAUUUUUAUACGAUGUUACGUUGCAUGUGAUUUCUAUAGUAGAUGUGUUACAACUACAAUCACUUUUGUGAUGUUUUCUGUUACCAUGCUAGCCUUAAAAGUACCCACGGAUUUCUGGCAGAAUCCACCCAAAUUACAAAGUUAUAUAAUAAAAUUUUCCAUAAUACUUUUUUAACCA